AUGGACAACAUCAUUCUUCCAUAUCAGCUGCAAAUGCAAAAGAAACCGCAAGACAGCUGCAAUGAUGGAAACUACGAGUACAUGAGGCUCUGA